UUAGUAUAUAUUUAUUAUUUCAUAAUAUAUAAAAGAAUAUAUAAUACCAAAAAGUAAUUUAUGUAUAAUAUUCAUUUCGCCCAUGGAUAUUAAUCUAAUAUAUAUAUAUUUGUUGUACGCAUAUCCAAUACUUUUUAGUUUUGCCGUUUUCCCGUCCCCAAUUCCAUACCAGUAUCCGUCCAUGUAUCUAUCUCAGUGCAACAUAAGGUAUUCGGUGCAACAUAGAUAAGCAUGCGCAUAUUCCACUGGUUUUAACUACAUCCAAUUUGGUCUGAGAUGUAUUUGAGUAGAACCUACCAGCUUGAUAUCAUAUUAUUAUACAAAAUCUCAAUGAUUCGCAUGUUGUAAAGAGAGGGGAGAGAUCAACGAGAGAAACAUGAAGCUCACUGUCUCCAAUGUUGUUAAACGUCCUGAACGUUCGACUUAAGGGCAUCAAGCCAAGCAGCCAACUGCCAGUAAUCACUUACUAACAUAAACACUAAACAUUCAAUGAUCCAUACAAAGCGUAAAAGAAGGUAUUUUUUUAUAAUUGCAAUGCAGAAGUGAAGUUGAAUCAAAAGAAGAAUCCCAUAAACUUAAUUCUAAUCAGUUAACAUAUUGGUCCCUUUGUAUCUAUAAAAAUAAAUAUGUUCUCGAACACUGUUAAUAUUACAGAUUAGGUCUUACUUUCAACUCAUUGUUAUUUUACUAUCAAAUAAUUUUGUAAUAUAAAGUAAAAAAUCAUCAACCCCAAGAAAAUAGAUUGAUUAAUUAAUCAGUUUAGUUGAGUUAUGUAUUAAAAAAUUGAAAAUAUACUUCAGGAGUGCAAUUUAUCAAAGUACACGGCGAGCCCUGAAAUCUCAAACAUGGAAAGUAAGAGUCUAAAGUCUCCGCCUCAACGGGGCAACACAAACGAAGACUCCUAAUUCUGCAGUUAACAACAGAUUUUAGACAAAGUUAAGAACCUUGCGUUGAUGAAAGCAUCACUUAAAGUGAUUACUAGGUACGGUAUUCGAAACCCACAUAAUAUGACACGCAAUACUGUAAAGGCCUAAUUAAAGGAAGGCAUUAACUUUACUUUUCUUGCAAGCCAAGCAAUAUCUUAAAGCCAACGGUACCUUCCUUCCACAGAAGGAUAGUGAGUGUCGUCUAUAAAUAAAGACUGAAGUUUCCUAAAAGUAACAAACAAACCCCUAUGGAAAACCUCUUCACCACUUUUCGUCUUACACAUUCCCUUGAAGAGUUUGGUCCCGAUUCCACCCAAAUUGAUGUAGUAAAUGAAUGCUUUAUUUGUAAAAUAAAGAUCUAUUACAAGUCCAAUUGUUUUCGUUGUCGUCUAUGUGACUUCGGUUUUCACAAAGAAUGUCAGACUACUUUGAUGGAGUCGAAUCUGACAAUAGAUCGUCCAAAGACACAUGAACAUAUGCUCACCUUCAUUCGCAAAAUGAACUCUUUCAACUGUGAUGCUUGCGGAUUGGUCGAUAAGUACGAGAUAAAUAUGUACGGAUGUUUGCCCUGUAACUUCUUUAUCCACAGAAACUGUAUUUAUUUACCAAAGGUUAUAAAGCUCACUCGUCACUCACACCGCUUGUUUCAUACUUAUCAAGUUCCCGAUUGUAACACAAAAUGUCGACGUUGUGAAAACACGUUUGUUCCCGGAUGCGGAGGAUAUAUUUGUAUUCACAAGACGUGUGAUUAUAAACUCCAUUCAUAUUGUGCAACGGAUAAAAACACGUGGGAUGGCAGUGAUGUGGAGGGAGAACCUGAAGAAACCAGUAACUCUGAUCAAGAUGUUACGUCGUUGAAGGAGGUAGAUGGCAAAACGUUUCGCCAUUUUAGUCACCACCAUGAUUUAAUGAGACUUUGUGUCAAUGGUGAGAAAGAAGAAGGCGAAGAACGAGUAUGUCAAGCAUGCAUCCUUCCUGUUGACUUUGAUUGUUUCUUGGGUUGUAAAGAAUGUGAUUUUGCACUCCAUGACACUUGUGCAAGUCUGCCUCGGAAGAUGGAACACACGUUUCACCGCCAUACAAUAACCCUAGAGGUGGACAUCGAAGAAGGGUUCUUCCGUUGCUCUAAAUGUGAACGAGAAUCAUGUGGUUUCAUGUAUCGGUGCUGCCAAGAGGAAUGUGACUUUAAAAUGGAUGCAAAGUGUGCUUCCCUUUCUGAUCCAUUAUACAGUCGAACCCACGAACACCCUCUCAGUCUAGCAGAUUAUGGGGCAAGUUGUUACAAAUGCAGUUUCUAUUUGGGUCCAAACCGGGUAAGUCUGCCAGUGUUGGUAAAAUGCAACUAUGACACUCAUCCACUUACCAUAUGUUUAUUUGAAUCAAUUAAAUCAUGGGUAUGGCCGCCGUUUCAUUGUGAAAUCUGUGAAAUAAGAAUAAAACCUAAAUAUCCUGAUUAUGAAGAUAUCUACGGCUGCUUCGAUUGCAACACCGUUGUACACGUCGAGUGUGCAAUAGGGAAAUACCCGUUUCUGAAACCUGGCCAUACGAUCAAACUGAAUGGUUUUGAGAUUGAGAUUGCAUCCAACAGUCUUUCACGGCCUAUAUGUCAUGCAUGCCACUCUACCUGCCAAGAUAAACUGGUUUUCAAGAAUAAGAGCAGUGCCAUCUCUUUCUGUUCUAUUAACUGUAUAACAACCUCUUCAUAGAAAACCCUAUUAAGAGCAGUGUGUAGAGUGCUUGCGUAAAACUAAUUUUACAUACUUCUCCUCGCAUAUAUAUUUACUUCAAACUUCUAAUCUCUUUUAUUUAUUGUUGAUGAAGUCUGUAUGAUAAAUAAGAUAUUGCUUUGCUUUCAUUUCAGUUGUAAAUUAAACUACCAUGAAUCGAAUAAAUUUGUAAGAUAACUUCGAAAAUCGUUUUCUUCAAGAAAUAGAUUGUAUGUUAAGUUAUCUUCUCUAAUAUAUUAGAUUAUGAAAAUAUACUUACCGCUUCAUGGUCGAAUCCCGUCCAACCAUCGGAUCUGUCCGGUUUUUAAAACACUGUGUUUAAGAGAAUAGAUUAUACUUAAGUUAAUUAUCUUCUAUACUGAAUUUUGAAAACAUACACAAAUCAUAUAUAACAGUGAACAUAAUUUUUUAGCUUUUUUGGUGAAAAGAAACUAAAAAGAGAUCAUUGAAAAUUUAUCUAUUUAUUAUACAGCAAAUCUAAAAUAAUACGACUACUGGCAAAUAUAUAAUUUAUUACAUAUCUUUUAAAUAAAACUGAAGAAAUUCCUAGUGACUCAUUUCGGACCAUAAGAUCCAAAACCCGAAAAGUAGGUUCUGCUCUUCGCAGUCCGUCCUUCUUUCAACACUGCGGUAAACUUCUAGACUAGGUUGCACGGGUACUCCAAAUUGGUGCCGUCUCAUGUAUCGGGUUCGUCGGGGGACGGGGACGUCUCGGGUAUGCCUAGGAAACGUCCCCAAUAUGUGUGAGGUGAACCCGGGACGUCAAGACUCAAUGGGUACGGGCUUGGUCAGAGAAAGAGACGUUCCGGAAACGUUUCCGCAGAAAAUAGACGUAUCCAUCUGAAUUUUUGUGUUAUAAGAAGUGUAAAAAAAUAAACCAUAUAUGUUUUUAACCUUUAAUGUGUUUAUUCUAUUAAUUUUGAAAAGAUCAAAAGUUGUAAUUAAAAAAAAAAUAGUGUCUCUCUCUUCGAUUCUUCCACUCUCACUUUAGUCUCUUGCACUUCCAUCUUCUUUCUCUUUGAAACUCAAGUCUCGACCAUAUCUCUCUCUGUGAUAUAUCAGCAACAGAAAACAGACGCACUUUCCUUCCCUUCUUGUCUCUUUGUUGUUUAUAUCACAAGCAAAACGCGUAAGCAUUUUCUUUACCUUCUUCUUGUAAUCUUAUCUUACGAAAAUAAUUCAUAUACAAUGUUUCUGUGUUUUUUAUACAAAGAUGUGACUGUCAGUUUAUAUGUAUCAUAUAUUUUUUUAGCUUAUUCUGUUGCUGUUUAGUAUUUUGAUCAAGUGUGUUUGCUGCUGUUUCUGUUGUUGUCUAGUAUUUUUAUCAAGUGUGUUUGCUAUUGUUUCUGUUGAUGUCUAGUAUUUUGAUUAAGUGUGUUUGCUGCUGUUAAAACUUAUGUUUCAGAUUUUAACAUUUUGACUUAUGGAUAUUUUUAUAAUUUCUUAUAAUAUGGUCGCCGUUUCUAUACCGUAACCGUAUCUACAAAUUUUAAGUUUGACGUUUUCAUCUCCACUCCCGUCCCAGUUUCUGGUCUCCGUCCCGGUCCCGGGGCUGCUUAGCUUCUAGAUGCUUCAUCGGCUUUCAUUCUUCUCUGUGUUUUAAAAGGCGAGCGCCUUUUGCGCCAAGGCGCAAGGCGCACUCAGGCGACAGCCCCAUCGCCAUGCACCUCCCAGGCGAGGGUAUGGUCCCUAAGGCGUGCGCCAUGGUGCGCUUUUAGCUAAAAUCUAACGCAUCUAAGGCACUAAAAGCGCUUGAAAGGCGCGCCUUGUAGAUUCCUAUCAAAACAUAAUGUUUUGACCUAACUUUAUUCAUGUCCUAUGUUCUAAUCGUGACAUGGCUGCCGUUCUGUUACAUGCUCUAAGUGAAGAAGACGACUAACUGUAACCUAAUUAACUCUAAUAAUAACUCAGCCCGGUUUAAUUCACUAAACCAUGUGCAUUCAAGUUAUUUUAAUGAACCAACUCAAUUAAUAAACUAACCAACCAAGAAAAAGGUUUAUUGAACCAAGUAUGAAAGUUUUUUAAACCAAUUUAGAACCAAUUGAAACAACUUUCUGGAACUGAGAAACGUCCCAAAGGCGAGCGAUUUAAUGCGCCAUGGCGCAAGGCGCAAAGCUAGGAGCAUAUCGCCUUAGUGCGCCUAGCGCUUUUUAAAACACAGAUUCUUCUGAUACAAAGUGUGUUUAUUGAAAUUGUUGAGGUUUAAAAGUGAAUCUAGAGAAUUGAAGAGACCAAGUGAAGUGUAACUAGAGUUGUUUGGAAUAUGUUCUAGAUGGUAGUGUAAGGUUGGAAGGAAGUUGAGUUUUGAAGAUGUUGAAAUUUGUAAGGGUUGAGGGCAAGUGCUUGCUUUUAUCAAUGAUGGCUCAAAUUAAGAGCCCGGGUUAAUCAUGCUCUAAGACUUUAAAGUCUCAGCCUCAAUGGGGCAACACAAACGAAGACUCCCGAUUCUGCAGUUAACAACAGACCUCGGACAAAGUUAAAGAACCUUGCGUUGAUGACAGCAUCACUUAAAUGAUUACUCGUACGCUAUUCGAAACCCAAAUUAUAUGACAUGCAAUAGUGUAAAGCCGCCCAUUGGAUAAAGCAAGGCAUAAACUUUAUUUUCCUUGCAACCCAAGCAAUAUCUUAAAAGUCAACAAUACGUUCCUUCCACAGAACGAUGAAUUCUCUAUAAAUGUAAUGACUGAGGUUUACUAAAAGUAACAAACAAACCCCUAUGGAAAACCUCAGCACCACUUUUCAUCCUAAACAUGUCCUUGAAGAGUAUGGUCCAGUACAUCCCAAUGACGGUGCAAAGAUAUGCAUAAUUUGUGAAACAUGUAUCUCUUCUCGGCCUAAUUAUUUUUAUUGUCGUGUAUGUGACUUCUUUUUUCACAAAGAAUGUCACACUACUUUGAUGGAGUCGAAUCUGACAAUUGAUCGUCCAAGGACACAUGAACAUAAGCUCACUUUCAUUCGCAAAACGAACUCUUUCAACUGUGAUGCUUGUGGAGAAGUCCGUAGCAAGAAGAUGAAUAUGUACGCAUGUUUGCCCUGCAACUUCUUUAUCCACAGAAACUGUAUCUAUUUACCAAAGGUUAUAAAGCUCACUUGUCACUCACACCGCUUGUUUCAUACUUAUCACGUUCCUGAUUGUAACACGGUCUGCUCACUUUGUUUUGCCUCGUUUGUUUCGGGAUGCGGAGGAUAUAUGUGUAUUAACAAGACGUGUGAUUAUAAACUCCAUUCAUAUUGUGCAACGCAUGAACUGAUUUGGGAUGGCAGAGAUGUGGAGGGAGAACCCGAAGAAACCAGUAACUCUGAAGAUGUUACGUCCUUGAAGGAUGUAGAUGGCAACACGUUCCGCCAUUUUAGUCACCACCAUGAUUUAUUGAGAUUUUGUGUCGAUGGUGAAGAUGAAGGAGACGAACGAAUAUGUCAAGCUUGCAUCCUUCCCAUUGACUUUGACAGUUUCUUGGGUUGCAAAGAAUGUGGUUUUGCACUCCAUGAAACUUGUGCAAGUCUGCCUCGGAAGAUGGAAUACCAGUUUCACCGCCAUCCGCUAGCCCUAGAGGUGGACAUCGAAGAAGGGUUCUUCAGCUGUUCUAAAUGUAAACGAGAAUCAUGUGGCUUCAUGUAUCGGUGCUGCCAAGAGGAAUGUGAGUUUAAAAUGGAUGCAAAAUGUGCUUCCCUUGCUGAUCCAUUAGACAAUGGAAUCCACGAACACCCUCUCACUCUAACAAACUAUGGGGCAAAUUGUAAUAAAUGCCGUUUCUAUUUGGGUUCAAAACAGGUAAGUCAGCCAGUGUUGGUAAAAUGCAACUAUGACAUUCAUCCACUUACCCUAUGUUUUUUUGAAUCAACUUAUUUAUGGUCGCAUGCAUGUCCGUUACGUUGUGAAAUCUGUGAAAUAAGAAUAAAACAUAAGUAUCGGGAUUACCAAGAUAUCUACGGCUGCUUCGAUUGCAACACCGUUGUACACGUCGAGUGUGCAAUAGGGAAAUACUCGUUUCUGAAACCUGGCCAUACGAUCAAGCUGAAUGGUUUUGAGAUUCAGAUUGCAUCCAACAACAGUCUUUCUCGGCCUAUAUGUCAUGCAUGCCACUCUACCUGCCAAGAUAAACUGGUUUUCAAGAAUAAGAAAAAUGUCACCAUCUCUUUCUGUUCUAUCAACUGUAUAACAACCUCUUCGUAGAAAACCCUCCUCCAACCAUAACUUCUACCUUUCUCAUUUUAUUUUACUCUUGAUCAAGUCUGUAUGACAAUAAGACCUUGCUUUGCUUUCAGGUUAUUUGUAAGUUAAACUACCAUCACUCGAAUAAAUUUGUAACGAUAACUUUAUAGAAAAUACCUUCAAGAUAAUAUAUUACAGUUAUGUUAAAUUUAUCUAAAAAAAUACUCCCAUCAUCAUUUAAACUUGCACACAAUGAUUUAAAAACUUCUCUAACCACAUGAUUAAAUAACAAAUUCUCAGAGGUGGUGUUUGCAACAGACUGCUCACAGUUGGUGAAGAUGGUGUCUACUCCAACAGAAUGGCCGGCGUUCACUACUCACAUGGAAGAGUUUCUACGAUGUAAGGAAUACUUCUCUACUUUCACUAUCCAGCAUAUUCCAAGGGCACAAAACACGAUGGCGGAUAAGCUAGCACGAGGUGCUAGGACUCAGCCUUCUGCUAUGGUUUAUGUUGACUCCGUUCCUCCGAGAUGGUUCUCGGCUCAGGAAUCUACUUAGUUUAGCUUUGCUUCUUUGUUGAAAAAAAAAAAAAAAAAAAAUAACAAAUUCUCCAUGUUAUAAACAGAACAUUAUUACAUAAGAUUUUGGGUUUUUUGUUUAAUGGCAAAAAAAAGUUGAUAAAGAAAACAAAAAAAAGGACUUGGAUGCAUAAAUAUGGAAAUAAAAACUGAAUGGACCCCCACUCGUUCCGGACCAUAAAGUAGGUUCCUGCUCUCUCUCUCUCUCUCUCUUCGCCGUCCUUCCUUCUUUCAACACUUUCCCGAGCUGUGGUAAUAAGCUUCUAGAUGCUCUCUGUAACAUCCUGAGUUGUGAUAUGUGAAAAGGCUUAAGAGAAUUGAUUUGGCUACCUAUGUCACCAAAGUUGACUUACAUUUUCCGGAACACAUCCUGAAAGAACUCCAAAGUUAAGCGUGCUUGAGCUGGAGUAGUGAAAGAAUGGGUGACCUAUCGGGAAGUAAUUUGCGAUAGCGUGUGAGUGAGGCCAAAGCAUGGGAAAAUGUCGGGUGGUGAUUGCAGAGUCAGUAAACAAUGAUUUCGAGCUUUUGGAAAAUUAAUAGACAGACCGUCAGACGGGAUGAGGCCCACGGGCCAAGAGAGCGGGCGUGGGUGGCCCAUUAGCCGUGGGCGGGUCGGAGCGUUACAAGUGGUAUCAGAGCUGGUUAGCUAUCUCGGUUCUGACCUGAGAGGCGUCUUGAGACCUGUCGUGGGCCGCAACGAGGACGUUGGGUUCUUUGAGAGGGGGUGAAUUGUAACAUCCCGAGUUGUGAUAUGUGAAAAAGGCUUAAGAGAAUUGAUUUGGCUACCUAUGUCACCAAAGUUGACUUACCUUUUCCGGAACACAUCCUGAAAGAACUCCCGAGUUAAGCGUGCUUGAGCUGGAGUAGUGGAAGGAUGGGUGACCUAUCGGGAAGUGAUUCGCGAUAGCGUGCGACUGAGGCCAAAGCAUGGAAAAAGGUCGGAUGGUGAUUGCAGGGUCAGUAAACAAUGAUUUCGAGCCUUUGGAAAAUUAACGGACCGACCGUCAGACGGGAUGGGACCCACGGGCCGAGAGAGCGGGCGUGGGUGGCCCAUUAGCCGUGGGCGAGUCGGGGGUUACACUCUCAUUCUUCAUCUAUCUUUUGUCGAUUAACGACUUGAACACGUAGUAGAUCAUCGGAAAAUUUUGUCUCUUUUGGUUCGCAACCUUCGCCAUGAUUGCAGGUCUGUCUCACCUCAGGAUAGACGAUAUGAGAAGGAGAGGUCAUACUCUCGCUCACCACCAAAAAAUUAUUCAAGUGGAAGUCAUGGGAGGGUGAGGAGCCGUAGCCCAAGAAGUGUAAGCGUGAGCCAAGGAAGAAGUGUAAGCCCGAGAAGAACACAGGAGCUAUACACGCCUGAACAAGCCAGGAGGCCGGUUGCUAGGCAGAGGAGGAGCAGGAGCAGGAGUCUAAGCCCUCGUGGAGAAAGAAAUGGAGACCGUUCUCCAAGUCAGUGAUUUUCACACACACCCAUGUAUCUCUCUCUCUACACACCAGUUCUGCAGUCUUUUUGUUUUUGAUAAAGUUUCAAAGACUAUCUGUGUUUUUGUUUUAUGUUUUGAUUAAUGAAUGAACUUAAAAGACAUGACAAUGAGGUUGCAUGUGCCUUUUUGUCAUCUUAUCUCUUUAGAGAUCUCAUCUAGCGUUGUUGUUAUGGUGAGUGAAAGAAGAUGGUCCUACUAGGAAAUGUGGGAGCGUUUUGACGUA